AUGAGAUGGUGGCCAGUUCCAGACGACGUUGUUUUAUUAGCAUCGUCUGAAACUGAUCUGCAGUGCUCCCUAGAAAGGUUCGCAGCCGAGUGCAACGUGGCCGGAAUGCGUGUGAACGUGCCUUCAGCCGAAGUUCCUGUGAUGCCACCUUCGCCUGUAGAAAAACGGAAAAGCAAUGGAACAGGUUGGGAAGUGCACGUACUUCCGGGUCGUGUUUGCUGGCGAUGGAAAAUGGGAAGAGGAGAUUGA